CCCAGCCUUCUGAGACCAGAGAGACCUAGAAAGAAAGGGCUGAAGGCUCUCCUGAGACACUCGAGACAGAACCUGGGACUUGAGGGGUCCCUGUAACGGGCUCUUCAGCUCCCACUGAGAACUCUGAACUAAGAAGGCCAGAUUUGUGUAGGAAGACACCCAUCAUCUCCUCUGCAUACACAGCCAGGAGAUCCAAGCAGCUGUUCAAGGAAAGUAAGCCAAACACAACAGGUGCUCGGGAGGCCACCAUGAUCAGCUCAGACUGUAGGUCCUCCCCUGGCUUGGCUCGGUGGGCCGAGAGCUAUGAAGCCAAGUGUGAGCGACGUCAGGAGACCCGAGAAAACCGUCGCCGCCGCCGCAAUGAGACCACUUGCCGCCAGCCAGGGAAGGUGCUGAGGACCCAACACAAGGAACGGCUUCAGGGAGCUCGGCAGCUACAGUUCCUCAAAAGGAGAAACCUGGAAGAAGAGAAGAAAGGCCAAGCCAGGAAGCAAGGGCCCUCCAGCAAGACAGAUGGAGGGACAGGCCAAGUGUCUAUCCUCAAGGAGUCCUUGCCUGGUGCCAACAAGACCUGUUUUCCUGGACAGCAGGAAACGGGGAUAAGCUCUGAGGAUUUCCCGACCUUACAUCAUUCCUCCUCAGGCAUCCAGAGGGAUCUGAGUGACCACCAUGCCUCCUGUGGGAGAGCCUUUCUACCACAGGACUCUGACAGACAGCACCGGGGCACUCAGACAAAGGCAGAAGAGGCAUGGCCAACAAUAAAGAAUGAUGCCAGUCAGCAAACCAACUGUGGAGUUGCUGUCCUAGACAAGGACAUCAUUCAACUCUCAGAAUACCUCAAAGAAGCUUUACAAAGGGAGCUGAUCCUAAAAAAGAAAAUGGUGAUUCUCCAGGACCUCCUGCCUGCCCUGAUCCGGGCCUCUGACAGCUCCUGGAAGGGACAGCUUAAUGAAGACAAGCUGAAGGGCAAAUUAAGAUCCCUAGAAAACCAGCUCUACACCUGCCUGCAGAAACACUCCCCCUGGGGAAUGAAAAAGGUGCUGCUGGAGAUGGAAGACCAGAGAAGCAGCUAUGAGCAGAAGGCUAAGGCGUCACUGCAGAAAGUGCUGGAGGAGAAAAUGUGUGCAGAGCAGCAACUACAGAGGGCACAGCUGUCCCUGGCUUUGGCAGAGCAGAAGUGUCAGGAGUGGAAGAGUCAGUACGAGGCUCUUAAGGAGGACUGGAGGACCCUAGGGGACCAGCACAGAGAGCUGGAGAGCCAACUGCAUGUGCUUCAAUCCAAACUACAGGGAGCAGACAGCAGAGACUCACAGAUGAGCCAGGCCCUGCAACUUUUGGAAAAUGAGCACCAGGAGCUUCAGACCAAACUCGAGAGCCUGCAGGGAGACCGAGAGCAGCAGAGCUCUGAGACCCGGGACCUACAAGAUCAACUAAAGAAGUCAGAGGAGGAGAGACAGGCUCUGGUGAGCAGAGUGCAGCAGCUACAGAGUCUGCUUCAGAAUCAAUCCUUACAACUGCAAGAACAGGAGAAGCUCUUAAAGAAAGAUCAGGGUCUGCCUGUGUGGACUCCAAAGCUCUCCCUUGAUGAAGUGAAGUCUGAGGGCACAGGAAAGGAGAAAGACAAGGAGCUCAGAGACCAACUACAAAAGGAGACAUUUCAGCUCCAAGCCAAGGAAAAGGAGUGCUGAGACCUGCAUUCAGAUGCAAAAGCUACAUCAGACUAUUCUUGCCCAUAUUUUCUCCAGCUAACUCAUAGCAGCUCUCUCCUGUCUCCACCUCCUCCCAUACAGCUGCAGUGUGGUCAAUGGCUCCCAGUGCUGAUGGUGGUGAUUGCUACAGCACUGGCAGUGUUCCUGGCAAACAAAGCCAACCUGGUCAUCUGA